AUGUUCCGGGUCUCGGCGGCCUGGUGCUCCCCAGGUCCGAAGUUCCCCGCCGCCUGCGCGCUGCCGGGGUCGGUGAGCACCGGAGUGGUCCGGCUCAGCGAGAGAAGACGCAUCCUCCGGUCGAGGGCGGAGGGCGAAUCUUCUCCCAACGUCGUGGAGGCGACCGCCAUUGAAGAGGGUAGAGAGAGGGGAGGGAGAGGUCCGCCGGAAGAGCUGGCCGGCAGAGGAAGCGAUUCUACUCCCACCUCUGCUUCUCCCGCAGAAGCUUCUUCCCCCGCUUUCCCUUCCGACAAGGACAUCAAGAAGGUGGGGAAAAGUCCGACGGACAUGAAUUUGGAUCUCUCUGAGCUACUACCUCGUCUUUCUGAGCUUCUGCCUCGUCUUUCGAUUCACGACAGGCAGUGCAGAAGACCGCGGCGACCUUCGCGCCGAGGGCUUCCACAGCCUCCAAGAACCCCGCUGUGCCAGGAACAGCUCUGUAUAAGAUCUUCGAAGUCCAGGGCUACGCUUCCAUGCUGCUCGGCGGAGCUCUCUCCUUCAAUCUCCUCUUCCCGUCGAAUGAACCCGACAUCUGGAGGUUGAUGGGCAUGUGGUCCAUCUGGAUGUUCAGUGAGUCCUCUUCUGCUACCAUUUAUCGCGCUUAAAUACUGCCAUUAUUUUACCAUAUUGAGCUAUUUAUUCCCGGGAAUAUCAUCCAUACCCAUAUGAAUGCGCCGAAGAAAAUGCACAUAUACUUUGUUUCUCAAGAAAUCGAUAAUCUAUGUCAUCUGAAAAUCUCAAGAAAUAAAAUUAAUUUGGAGGGAAGAUGCAAUGGGUAGUAGCCCAACUCUCUUCUGAAAUAGUUAUAUAGUUGACCCGAGAAGUCAACUUACUCCUAUUCUGUAGAAUUCCUCCUGGUUUCUAUCUUAUGAAAAAAAUCUCAACUUUCCUCAAAUAUCAUCGCAAGAUCAUCAAAUAGCUAGUAACCCACCUUGUGACAGAGCUUUCCAUUAUCUUAUUUUCUGUUGGAUUAUUUUUUUCUUCAUUUAACUGCAGCGAUUCCCUCUCUUCGGGCUCGCGACUGCUCGAAGAGUGAGAAAGAAGCUCUCAACUACCUCUUUCUCCUCGUUCCACUGAUCAACGUCAUAAUCCCAUUUUUCUGGAAGUCCUUUGCUGUUGUCUGGUCUGCAGACACCCUCGCCUUCCUCUUGAUGUAUUCUUGGAAGGUAAUCUGAGCUCGUCAUCCUCCUUGCUGUUCUGAUCUGCUUUGUUAUAUACAUAUACAGUAAGCCUUGCAGGCUGAAUGAAUCCAUGUCUGGGCAGCUCGGGUGGUUUCAGAACUCUGAUUGA